GUUUAUCUUCUUCCCUUUUCUUUGGUAUUCUGCUCCGCAGGAUCCGCAGGACGCUUUGCAUCAUGGCUCAAGCUGUUCAGAAACUCGUCGCUAAAGUUCCUACUUUAGUGGGUUCCGCUGUCACAUACUCCAAACCCCGACUGACGACCUUCUGGCACUAUGCCCGCGUGGAGCUCGUCCCACCUUCACCUGCUGAAAUCCCAAAGGCUAUAGAGGCCGCGAAGGGCCUCAUCAAAAGCUAUCAGGCAGGACGCUUGAGACAAACAACAAUAAGGGAUGCUUUGAGGAAUGGACUUGUGGCCACCGAAGUACUGAUGUGGUUCUACAUUGGAGAGUGUAUCGGCAAAGGAGGCAUUAUCGGAUAUGAUGUCUGAAAGUUGUACUUGUCUCUUUCCCUCUGCACUUCAAAAUGUCACAUUCUCAACAACCUGCACUUAAAUUUCAAAAUAAACCGAUGUCUAUAGUCAGAAGAAUAUA